GCUGCAUCGGCGGGUUGUUUGCUGAAAUGGCGGAUCAUGAAGUGGAAUCAUCUUUUUGUUCAACACGAAUUAAUGCUAGACAAAUGAUAGCUGAUUACUUCUACGUUCUAGUGGACGUGAUAAAAGUGAUUGUUCUAGGUGUACCUAUAUUGUUUCGCAAAGUUUUGAGUUUUAUUAGUCCUAAAAAAUUUAAAAAUGUUUCCGGGCAGUUGGCGAUGAUUACGGGUGGAGCAAAUGGGUUGGGUAGAGAAAUGGCUUUGCUAUUGGCGGAUCACGGCUGCAACAUCAUAAUCGUGGAUAUCGAUCUAGAGUCGGCGAAAAGGACAUGUGAAGAUUUACGAAAGAAACACGUGAACGCACAUGCUUUUCGAGUGGAUGUGUCCUCGUUUAAGGAAGUUGAAACGUUGGCAGCACGAAUUUAUAGUGAAAUUGGGCCUGUCGAUAUUGUGAUCAAUAACGCUGGAUUGAUUCACUUCACGUUCCUCCAAGAUAGCAGCGUAGAUGAUGUGAAUAAAUUAAUCGAUGUUAAUGUAAAAUCUUAUAUUUGGGUGACCAAAAUAUUCCUAAAGCAAAUGAUGGAACGAAAACAGGGCCACAUCGUAGCGAUUUCCUCAAUAUGCGGAAUUUAUCCACAUCCGUGGGCCGUGAUGUACACAGCAACGAAGCAUGCCGUAAGCGGAUUAAUGGGAGCACUAACAGAGCAACUGCGUCUGCAAGGCUUUGACCGCCAAAUCAGGACAACAUGUGUGUCGCCGUAUUACAUUGCUACACGAAAGGACGUUAUCGACUUUUUGCAGAAACCUCGAUUCAAACUACUGACAACUGAAUACUCAGCACGUGUAAUCGUGGACGGUAUCCUGCGUAACGAAAUCAACGUUUCUGUUCCUCCACUUUUCGAUCUUGGGAUAAGGCUAAUGCAAUUAUUUCCCAUAAAAAUACAACAGUUGGUGCGCGACUUUGUAAUUAGAGAGCACCAACUAAACUCGACGAAAACUCCACUUUGAUACCUGAUUCUAUCAAGAUAGUAGCUGCAUUAUACAGAACUAUUUUAAUGGUUAAGAAGGACAUCUAGUGACGCCGUGCAAUUACAUAUUUUCCAUUACCGCAAAUUCUCGCAUUCCAUCAUCUAUCGGUAUUUGAAAUGUGCAAAUUAGAUUAGAUGUGGUUUAUAUAAUUAAUAAUA